AUGGCGACCCCCUUCCCCGGGAGCGGCGGCGGCGGCGAGGUCAAGUGCGGGGGAGGCGGUGGCGCCGGCGUCCCGUGGGACUUUCUACCGGGGCUGAUGGUCAAGGCCCCACCCGGACCCUGCCUGCAGGCGCAGCGCAAGGAGAAGUCCCGCAACGCGGCGCGCUCCCGGCGCGGGAAGGAGAACCUGGAGUUCUUCGAGCUGGCCCGGCUGCUGCCGCUGCCCGGCGCCAUCUCCGGCCAGCUGGACAAGGCGUCGGUCGUGCGCCUCAGCGUCAGCUUCCUCCGCCUGCGCCGCUUCGCCGCGCUCGGGGCGCCGCCCUGGGGGCUGCGGGCCGUGGGGCCGCCCGCCGGCCUCGCCCCAGGCCGGCGGAGCGCCACGGCGCUCGUCUCCGAGGUCUUUGAACAACACCUGGGGGCGCACAUCCUGCAGUCCUUGGAUGGCUUCGUGUUUGCCUUGAACCAGGAUGGAAAAUUCCUCUACAUCUCAGAAACAGUCUCCAUAUACCUGGGACUCUCACAGGUGGAGCUGACGGGCAGCAGCGUCUUCGACUACAUCCACCCCGGGGACCACUCGGAGGUGCUGGAGCAGCUGGGGCUGCAGGCCCGGACCCCCGCGCCGCCCACCCCGCCUUCCGCCGCCUCCUCGGCCUCCUCCUCCUCCUCCUCCUCGCUGGCCGACCGGCCUGAGAUCGAGCCCCGCCCCUCCGGGGCGCGCCCUCCUGCCCGGGCGCAGGAGCGUUCCUUCUUUGUCCGCAUGAAGUCCACGCUCACCAAGAGGGGCCUGCACGUGAAGGCCUCAGGGUACAAGGUCAUCCAUGUGACUGGGCGGCUGCGCGCCCGCGCCCUGGGCCUGGUGGCUCUGGGCCACGCGCUGCCCCCAGCCCCGCUGGCCGAGCUGCCUCUCCACGGACACAUGGUGGUGUUCCGCCUCAGCCUGGGUCUCACCAUCCUCGCCUGUGAGAGCAGGGUGAGCGACCACAUGGACCUGGGCCCCUCCGAGCUGGUGGGCCGCAGCUGUUACCAGUUUGUUCAUGGACAGGAUGCAAGCAGGAUUCGCCAGAGCCACCUGGACCUGCUGGACAAGGGUCAGGUGGUGACUGGUUAUUACCGCUGGCUGCAGCGAGCUGGGGGCUUCGUGUGGCUGCAGUCCGUGGCCACUGUGGCUGGGAAUGGGAAGAGCCCAGGGGAGCACCACGUGCUGUGGGUCAGCCACGUGCUCAGCCAUGCAGAAGGCGGCCAGACCCCUCUGGAUGCCUUCCAGCUUCCGGCCAGUGUGGCCUGCGAGAACCCGCCCAGCCCAGAGCCAGAGCCCGCAGAGGGGGCCCCUCCGGAGGACGGGGAGCAGGCUACCCCCACCGAGGACGAGACCCCACCGGUCAGGGGCAAACGCAUCAAAGUGGAGCCGGGCCCCAAGGAAAGGAGGGGCUCUGAGGACAGCACAGAUGAGGAGCCUGCGGCCCCCCCACGACCCGAGUUCACAUCGGUUAUCCGCGCGGGAGCGCCAAAGCUGGACCCAGUGCGGUCAUGGGGCCUGGCGCCUCCCGGGGACCCUGCACCCGCCCUCCUCCACGCGGGCUUCCUGUGCACGCCGGGAGGCAUUGGUGCCAUCCGCUAUGGCCCCGCCGAGCUGGGCCUCAUGUACCCACACCUGCAGAGGCUGGGCCCAGGGCCAGGGCUCCCUGAUGCCUUCUAUCCCUCCCUUGGCCUGCCCUACCCCGGGCCCGCGGGGGCCAGGGUGCAGCGGAAGGGGGACUAAAGACUGGACUUGGGAGGGCCGCGCUGCACCCCACCCUAGGCCCAGGCCUGCAUCUGGUCUGGAGAAUUAAACACCUGCUCCUCUUGGGGAUGUCAGGGUCCCUGUCUGCA